UUAAAGUGUGUGUUAGAGCAGGAGGAGCUUCAGUGUGAAGCUUGUCUGCUCGUGCUUCGACCUUCCAUCCAUUGCUGCACCAACCUGCUGAGUGUUAUUAUAGCCGGGCGUGUGUGCUGCAGUAAUAGGGGAAGGAGCUGCUCCGUUUGUCAACUGAUGCUAAUUUAAAUUUUGCUGGGCGUCUUCAUGUCUUCCAGCCAAGCAAUUUACUUUUGAUUGAAACAUGUCAACGAGACAAAAAGCACAUGGACAAAGGUGUGGAUAACCUCAUCUAGUUGUGUCUGGAUUUACAGCAAAGCAAUGGCUUAAAGUUGAGUCUCUGAAGAGUAUCUAACAGUGUUCUCCAUCCUGGUGUAAACAGUGUAGCAGUGUGGAUGCUUAGAGACACUUAGCUGAAUGACAUCACAUGGCUGCAAAUACAAGGUGAGGGUUGGGCUGGUGAUUUUGAUCAGCACAGCAUCUUGAGUCACAUCUUAUGGAGGUCAAAGGUCAUCUGAUCACUGCCAUGGGUUUAGGGGCUCCUGAAGUGCAGUGUGAGGACAGUAAGCUGCAGGCUGAGCGGAUCUCGGAGCUGCAAGAGAAAAAGCAAACUCUGCAGACGCUCCUGAGUAGCCGACUAGGGGAACUGCGCCAAGUGUGUCUGCUGGAGGCGGAGCUGACAGGAAAGCUGUCACGUGACUUUCCACUUGAAGUGGGAGAAAGACCCCCGUUUGUUCAGCGCCGAGCCGGACUGGCCCCCAUCACCCCCAUCAAACCAGAGGAUGACCCAGGCCAGCGCAGACAGAUGAAGACACUCUUUAGUGGCGCCCUCCGCAGGAACAUUGAGUCUGACAAAAACACACUUCACAACAAGAGGACUGUUCACCGCGGGUGUCACACAGAGGAGACAGUUACGUCGGAGAGCAGCUCCAUGUCAGACUCAACUCAGUCCCAAGACAAUGAGAACUCGUCUCCGAGUGUCUUUCCAGAGCACCGUUCCCUUUCUCAUCCCCGGUUGGCCCCAGGGAGCCCAGAGAGCCGCCUCAGCAGGAAACUCUCUCCAGUGGAGAUUUACUAUGAGAUGAGAACUCGAAGGAACUCUGCCUCCAGCUCUGUCAGCCCAAGCCACUCCCUGCCUAGAAGUGCGUCAAAUGUGGAGGGUCGGAGCGUUCCAGCCACUCCCCUCCUAUCCAGAAAUGCACCAAUCAGCAUUCACAUGAGGUCUGAUGUGUCCAGCGGUGCGGUUCUAAAGUCAUGGAGCGACAGUCCGGAUGGUCCUCAGUUUGUGCGUUUAGCAUCUCUGGAGAGCUCUUCAUCUUCUUCUGAGCGUCGUGGCUGUCCUUAUAGUUCGCGUGCUCGCCGCAGUAACAGCUCAGAGGCGUUGCUGGACCGCUCCAACCUUCCUGAGUCUGCACCCCCUCGAAAUGGCAUGCCCUCAAGAGCCGGACCCUAUAAAAGUUCAGAGUCCCUGACAGAUGGAAAGCUCAGACAGAUGUAUCGUGGCAGUCCAGAGAGGCAGCUGGGUGGGGCUAAAGAGCAGCAGGGCCGCAUGCGCUCAUCAGUAGGCGGAAGAGGGAGUGGCCUGGGAUAUAACGAGAUUUUAAUGGACUACAUCUGGGGCAAACAGCAGAAGCGGCCGGUUCAGCCCCAGCACCAGCAGCCAGCAGGACGUAUAUGGCCUGAUCUUUCUUCUUUUCCAGUGUCUGUGUCUGGCACCUCUCCACACUACAAUGGUUUCUCUCUUUCCCAAAUCCACCUGGCUUCAGCCCCACCCCCUUACAGCCCCAUGCUCCUGCGGGACCAGCAGGCCGAACCUCGACGGGUUAAAGUCACUCGGACCAAAUCCUGUGGACCCUUCAUUCCCCUCCAACAGCACCCCCAAGACGCAGUCCUCCUCUCUGCAUACGAGCCCCCACACCCGGCCCCUGGCUCCACUGCCACUACUGAACUGCCUGCUGCGUUUGCCCGCAGACUUGCACCAUUCUCCCUCCCCUCGCCAGACGACUCCACCCGCAGUCUGCACAAGGCAUUGGCACUGGAGGGCCUGCGGGACUGGUACCUGAGGAACGCUCUGGGUUACAGUGCCCCCAAGGGGCAUGACGCCCUGCCCCUGCGCCACCACCUGCUGCACCAGCCACAGCCUGUCCCCCUGGACCCACUGUACACACACCCACACAUUCCACAGUCUGCAUCCUUCCAUGGACACCCACUGCAUGGCAAGUCUGUGGAGCUUUCUCUCUACCCAGAACCAUUCCCCUCCCAGGAGAAUGUCCAAAAAGAGUCCAGCUCGGACCCUGCUGCCCCAGGAACACUGGUCUAAUUCCAGCUGACACUAAAAAACAUCCAUAUUUUCAUCUGAAAUCAAUCAAGAUAAAAGGAUAGGAUUCCAGAAACAACAUGGAGCUCCGAUUUUAUCAUCAGGACCAUAAGGAACAGUGAUGGGUUUGGUCAUAAGUUUUUUGCCCUACCAUACAAAUAUAUAUAUACUUAUGAAAUAAUAUUGUAUUGCAGAGAUACAUUUGCAUAUGAUUUGGGCAUUACAAAAUACAACUUCUUCUUCAUCUUCUUUUCAUCUUCAGAUAUAUAUUUUCGCAAAAUAUAUAGAUAAAUUGUAUGUAUCCAGAAUUGCUAUUUUAUAAGUAAU